AUGAUGGCCGUCGCCGCUGCCCAGAAGAACCGUGAAAUGUUCGCGAUCAAGAAAUCUUACAGCAUCGAGAACGGAUACCCAUCCCGGCGCCGUUCUCUGGUCGACGAUGCCCGCUUCGAGACGAUUGUGGUCAAGCAAACCAAACAAACCGUUCUGGACGAGGCCCGCGCAAAGGCCAACGAUUCUAGUUUGGAGUGUUCCAUUCUGCAGGCCCAAGAACAGCAUCAGCAAGGUAAACAAAAUUCCGCAAGAGACGCUGGGCUGACCGAGGAGGAAGUGGUACUGCAGAACGCCGCCUCGGAAUCGCCCGAAGCCGAAAAGGAGGUGGUCCGUGCCGCGGUAGUCGUCCGACUGCGCGAUGGCAUGGGCUCGCUCGGACGCAUCCUCAAGGCGGUGGAGACGUACCACGGUACCGUGGUACACCUGGAGUCCCGCCAGUCCCGCAGCGAGGGCGUCCUGUUCGAUGUCCUUGUCAAGGUUGACAUGGCGCGCUCGAACCUGCUGCAGCUGAUCCGCUCCCUGCGCCAGACGCAGUCCUUCGGUAGCGUUAGCUUGCUGUCGGAGAACAACGUCAACGUGAAGGCGCCCUGGUUCCCGAAGCACGCCUCGGAGCUCGACAACUGCAACCACCUGAUGACGAAGUACGAACCGGAUCUGGACAUGAACCAUCCCGGUUUCGCCGAUCAGGUGUACCGCGCCCGCCGAAAGGAGAUCGCCGAGAUCGCUUUCGCCUACCGAUACGGAGACCCGAUCCCGCACAUCGACUACGCCGAGACGGAGAACAAGACCUGGUCGGCCGUGUUCGGGCGCGUGAAGGAGCUGAUGGUGAAGCACGCCUGCUCGGAGUACAUCGCCGUCUUCAAGAAGCUCGAGGACGAGAAGAUCUUCGUGAAGGAGCGCAUCCCGCAGCUGCAGGAAAUGAGCGAUUUCCUGCGCCGGAACACCGGUUUCACGCUUCGCCCGGCCGCCGGUCUGCUGACGGCGCGCGAUUUUCUCGCAUCGCUCGCGUUCCGCAUCUUCCAGAGCACGCAGUACGUGCGGCACAUCAACUCGCCCUACCACACGCCGGAACCCGAUUGCAUCCACGAGCUGCUCGGACACAUGCCGCUGCUCGCCGAUCCGAGCUUCGCCCAGUUCUCGCAAGAAAUCGGAUUAGCCUCGCUCGGUGCCUCGGAUGAGGAAAUUGAAAAGCUCUCCACGGUGUACUGGUUCACGGUCGAGUUCGGGCUGUGCAAGGAGAAGGACGAAGUGAAGGCGUACGGUGCGGGACUGCUGUCCGCCUACGGUGAGCUGCUGCACGCCAUCAGCGACAAACCGGAGCACCGUGCGUUCGAGCCGGCCUCGACCGCCGUCCAGCCGUACCAGGACCAGGAGUACCAGCCGAUCUACUACGUCGCGGAGAGCUUCGAGGACGCGAAGGAGAAGUUCCGCCGCUGGGUUUCGACCAUGUCCCGACCGUUCGAGGUGCGCUUCAACCCGCACACCGAGCGCGUCGAGGUGCUCGAUUCGGUCGACAAGCUGGAAACGCUCGUCUCGCAGCUCAACACCGAGGUGUUGCACCUUACGAACGCCAUCGCUAAGCUGAAGCAGCCGUUCUGCUAAGCUGCGCGCCUGGCACGGGUUCGGGGUUUUUGUUCCCUUUGACUGGGGAGCAGCCCCGUUUUGUUCCGGGCGAGGCGUAAGAAGGCAGCGAAACAAAAUCAGCAGCAUGUGAUCUGAUGCGUGUGAUGAAAAUGCGCGAGAAGGUGGACGAACGCGCCCCAGCGAAAGAAGCGAGCGAACGAGCGUGUGUGUGUGAGAGAGAGAGAGAGAGCAGAAGAGAGAGAGAGAGAGAGAGAGAGAGAGAGAGAAAAGCGAGACCCUACAGCAAAAGCAAGGACAAUACGCGUACCCGCAGGCUUCCCAGCGCCCUAAAAGGAGCGUCCUGGAUGAUGCCCUUUAAAGGACGCAUGGCAUGGCUACUAGCGCCAUCUAGCGGAAAAAAAACGCUGUGCUCGAUGUAUACUAGAAAACUGCAUUGCUGCACUAGCACCACUAUUAGU